AUGGCAAAAACUGUAAAACGCAGCAAUCCGCGUGACGUUAGUGACAGGGAGGGAAACCAGGUCCAGCAGACAUAACAGACAAACGUUAGUAUUACAGUUAUACAGAGGGUAAAGCAGGGAGAACGGGAACAGGGGCUGAAUACCAAACAAUAAAUGUUUAAAUAAAGUGACUAUUGCAAUUAUCAAUAAAAGACAGUUUGGAGCAAAUUACUCUGCCAUGUGCCUUGGCUGGAGCAGUAAAGGAAGAGGAAGUCAUGUGUCUGUCAGGGCUUUAUAUAUGGAUGUGAUGCCUGUUACUGAUUGGUUUAAAGUUUAUUGAUUGAUUUGUGCUGCUGGAGGCAUAAAGUAAAGAAAGUUAUGCAAAAUACGAAGCCUCCUGUCAUGUGAUCAAAUUUGUCCUUUAGUGAUUGUACUUGUUUUUGUUCUAUGAGUUUCCCAAUUCCAUCUCUAGAUGGUGCUACAUUGUAACUCAAUGCAUAGUCUGCUUGGAGGGGGCGAGGCAGGGCUGGGUUACGGAUCACAUAAAUCCAGUAUCGUUUCGCUGCAUCAUUGAGAAGAGAGUUGUGAAACCUGUCUGUGCUUCACGUGUGGAUUGUAUGACAAGUGUACAGACAGGAAACACGAGCAAGGUUUUAUCAAGUAAGAGACCCAGGUAAGUUAUAAUGUGCGAGGUUAGGGGUGGGGUAUCAGGAAAUGUAGCUGAUAAAAUCUACAACUACCAGUAUCCUUAGCCAUCACGUGCCUCUGUGUGCUAUAUAUCCCACACAGUGAUUUACGAACGUGUGAAUUGUCAGGAAUUCAAAGUGAAUUUCAGAGUUAGGACAAGCAACUGAUGUGAAAACACAACUCACUUGGGAAACUUUUCCUGCAGAGCAGGACUAACCAUAGGGGGACCCUAGGCGGCUGCUUAGGGCCCAGGGAUUAGACAAGGAGCCCCAGGAACCAUAAAUUUGUCUGGCCCCAUUUACUAUCCCUAUGUGAAGAAUGAUGGAGGGGUCCCAAAUUGGAAACCUACCUUUGGCCCCGUGGCAUCUUAACCCUUAUCUGUUUACCAGUUUUGCUAUCUUGCCUUAAAAGUUUCAAUUCAAUUUUGAAUUGCCAACAAAUCCUAUUUGAAUAACGGUUAAAGCAUCUGGACCUCGGAAUGGAUACCAGGUAAGAAAAGGCCCCAAAGGGGACAUCUCCAGGCAGCGAAGGCAUGAUAAUUAAAUCUUAAAUCUGGACUAAAAAAUCAAAUGUCUGUACUCUGCAUUAUUGCCUGGGUAGUAAGUACAAUUAAGGAGCAAUGCUGGCUUUCUUGAGCAAUGACUCACUAUGUGAUUAAAGAGAAUAGUAAAUAAAUCUGUUUAGAUGACGUUAUUAUAGGUGGCGGGACAUGGCGUUAAAUUAGCACAAACCACAAUGUGUCCGCUCAAUAGGACACCGAGGAAAAAAAUCCAACUAGUUUUGGUUAAUUGCAAGAUGUUAUAGUUAGCCCUUCUCUAGCUGUACUGCCGGAUACACCCCUCCUAGCUUUGUCCAAUAAAUGCUGGAGCCCCCCACUGUGAGUACUGUGCCUUAGUACUGCAGAUGCUUGUAAUGCAGGUUUACCAUAAUUUUGAAAUAGGUUCUAAUACAGUGCCUGUGCAAUAUUACCAAGGGGCAAUUGGUACCAAAAGUUUCUAAAAAUCCAUAACUAAAAAUCCAUGCGAUAAUUAAAGUGGAUCAAUAAAUAUGUGCUUUCCUUUUUUGGUUUACACACUGAUUGUCAAAGAUGUAUGUCAUUGCUCCAGAAUUGCUAAUUUUUAACAUCACCCAUUUUUUUAACCCCUUAAGGACCAAACUUGUAGAAUAAAAGGGAAUCAUGACAUGUCACACGUGUCAUAUGUCCUUAAGGGGUUAAACACAGUUGACUUGUCAUGGUAUUGGUAUGACAUGGGGUGUGUAACAUGUAGACAAAAACGUAUUUAUUGACAGUAGGAAGUUACAAUAACAUAAAUCCUUCGCCCUUGAGGACGAUUGUAUCACUCCUGUGCAGCAUUGUUAGACGGGAAAACCCCAGCAGCAGUAGGGGCAGGUAAGAGUUACGUGCGGGGAAGUGGUUAUUAAAGGGACUCUCCAGUGCCAGGAAAACAAUUCCUGGCACUGCAGGUCCCCUCUCCCUCCCACCUCCCAGUCCCCGGUUGCUGAAGGGGUGAAAAGCCCUUCAGUCACUUACCAAAGGCAGCGACGAUGUCCUUCGUCGCUGCUUCUUGGCCGCCGCCGCUCCUCCCUUUCAUCAUGUCAGCCGGCGGGGGAGACCUAAUGCGCAUGCAAUGCGCAUGCAAUGCUUUCCUAUGGGGAUUUUAGUGACGCUGGAGGUCCUCACACAGCCGAGGACGUCCAGCGACGCUAUAGCACAGAAAACCUGUGCUAUGGACCAGGAAGUGCCCUCUAGUGGCUGUCUAGUAGACAGCCACGAUAGGAGGAGUUAACCCUGCAAGGUAAUUAAUGCAGUUUAUGAAAACUGCAAUAAUUACAGUUGCAGGGUUAAGGGUAGUGGGAGUUGGCACCCAGACCACUCCAAUGGGCAGAAGUGGUCUGGGUGCCUGGAGUGUCCCUUUAAUUCCUUCAGCAGCAAUUGGUAAAAGGAAUUUACAAAAUAAAAUAAAAAUAUAUAUGAAAAAAAACAGAGCAGCAAUUAUAUACAGUCAGCCUUUAGUGAAUACAAACAUACAAAUAAAAAUCAAUACUAACUGUCCUCCUUAGCUCCAAUAAGGCAUUCUUUAACAGAAAAUAAUUAAAUAAAAACUAGUUUAGUCAUCAAAGUCCUUGAAAUCGUCAUAUGCUGCACCAUAAAAUUGGCUUCUAAUAUAUUUAAAGGAACACUAUAGGGUCAGGAACACAAACGUAUUCCUGACCCUGUAGUGUUAAAAUCAGUAUUUAGCCUCCCCCCAUCCCCUCCUCUUACCUUUGUUCCAGUCUGCUGGUGCUGGCUCUGCCCCAAUCUGCCUCCUUGGUUGACACAAUCAGAAGGGAUAAUCUCAGCCAAUCACAAUGGUUUCCCAUAAGAAGGUAUUGAAUUGGCAGAGAUUGCCCAGGAGGCCGUCAGGGAACGGAGCCAAACACCGCCCUGGACAGUCAGCAUCUCCUCAUAGAUAUGCACUAAAUCACUGCUUCUCUAUGAGGAACGUUUAGUGACUCAGAAUGUCAGUCACACUGUGCAGCACUGCCCCAGGAAGUACCUGUAGCAGUCAUCUGAGGAGUGGCCAGUGGAGGUUUCCCUAGGCUCUAAUGUAAACACUGCCUUUUCUCUGAAUAGACAGUGUUUACUGCAAAAAGUCUGUAGGGACCGACUAUACUCACCAGAACAACUACAUUAACCUGUAGUUCUUCUGGUGACUACAGUGUCUCUUUAAGGAAAUAAUUUUAAUCCUGUAUUGGUGAUGGAGUAAGAACAAUCUGGGGGAUUUUUACAGAGAAGCAUAUUUCAAAUGACAAACACAUUCCCCCCCCCCCCCAACAAGUGAAAAUAUUAAAGCAAAAUUACUAAACUGAAAAAUCAGCUAUUUUAUCUUACGCUUUAAAUUUCCAUAGUGAAUUCCUGACCACUCACGAUUUUGUAUAGACAAAAAAAAGUUUCUAUCACAGGGGUACAGAGCAAUAUUUUAGGAUUUAUUUACCAAAAUUAGAAUUAAAAUGAAAUAACCCUGUAUAUGUUUGUGGGGAUCAGGAACAAUUUUCUGUUGGCUUCUUUUUAGAGAUUUAAUAAUUUAAAGAGGAACUUUCCAUAAUUUUUAAUAUUAUGUUUACUUAACGUAUCCCUAUAUUUAUAUAUAUAUAUAUAUUUGUGUAGUGUGAAAAAAAUUAAAUAAAGAAAUCUCUACUUCUUUAUCCUACAUCUCAGAUCCCUAUAAUUAUUCAGAAUAAAAUGUAAAUUUGGGGCACACCAAGAACAUGCAUUUCUAAGCAGUUAAAGAAACAGCACACCCACAAAAAUAAAGUUUUAAAUUAUACAAGGCUACUUAAAUCCCCUAUCUUAGCAAACUAACUAACUAACAUUAAGGUAACUAAAUACCCAUAUUUGUUUGCUAAGAUAGGUGUUUUUAAGUAGCCUUCUAAAAUAUAAAACUGUAUUUUUGUUUUUGUGUGUGUGCUGUUCCUUUAAAUGUAUUGUCCCUAUAAUUAUUGUUCUAAGCUCAGUCUGCAUAGAGAAAGUAUACAGAGGAGAAAUGAAAAUGUUUCUUCGCCUCCUCUUCAUUUGCGAUGUUUCUUCAGGCUUCUCCUUGUCUGAACUGGAUUAAUAUGUACUAAAUCUUGAAUAUUAAUUUAAAAUAAAACAGAAAAGGUUAAUAAAAGUUAAAGGCCGUUUUCAAUAUUUAUACACAUGUAUAACAAUUCCAAAGAAGCGACAGUUUCUCUUUAAAAGCUAUGUAUAAAAAAAUAUCCCCCCCCCUUUUUUAAUCUAGUUUAAACAACAAAGUAUACAAUGUUAAUAUUAUUACCAAAAUGGGGGAGGCCAGAAUAUGUCCACUCUCCCCCUCUAACAAAAUUAUAGGACAAUAGAGGGGAGUAUUUUCCCAACUACUUCCCACACCAACGUAGUCUUACUCGAAGCAGCCAACACUUUUUACAAAUAAAUUAGAGAAAAUCUAAGUAAGUUUAAACGUGUUAAUUAAAUACUUUUCAAACUUUUCAUGCUUUAUUUUAGCUUGCAUAUUUGUAAAAGUAUUGUAUGCUUUUUUUUUAACUAUUAUUAAAAAAAACUAAUCAAAUAAUGCAUGUCCCUUUAAGAUGUAAGUGUCUAUGUAGACAUCCAAAGUAGACGUGGACAAAUGGUAGAUCCCAAAAUGUUGUAAUCAUAGACGUGUGCAGCCUAUUGCAUUAGGGUGUCCACCCUAAAGCACAAACACAUGCCGUUUCCUGUUUGUGUGCUGUGUGUGUGAGGGUGCUGUGUGUGUGGGUGUUGUUUGUGUGUUGUAUGUGUGUGUGUGCUGUGUGUGUGUGGGUGCUGUUUGUGUGCUGUAUGUGUGUGGGUGCUGUGUGUGUGAGGGUGCUGUAUGUGUGUAGGUGCUGUGUGUGUGUGGGUGCUGUAUGUGUGUGGGUGCUGUGUGUGUGAGGGUGCUGUAUGUGUGUGGGUUCUGUGUGGGUGCUGUGUUCUGUGUGGGUGCUGUAUGUGUGUAGGUGCUGUCUGUGGGUGCUGUUUGUGUGCUGUAUGUGUGUGGGUGCUGUUUGUGUGCUGUGUGUGAGGAUGCUGUAUGUGUGUUGUGUGUGUGAGGGUGCUGUAUGUGUGCUGUGUGUUUGGGGGUGCUGUCUGUGUGUGGGUGCUGUAUAUGUGUAUGUGCUGUGUGUGUGAGGGUGCUGUAUGUGUGUAGAUGCUGUGUGUGUGUGGGUGCUGUUUGUGUGCUGCAUGUGUGUGGGUGCUGUAUGUGUGCUGUGUGUGUGUGGGUGCUGUGUGUGGGUGCUGUAUGUGUGUAGGUGCUGUGUGUGUGAGGGUGCAUACAGCAUGUGUGUAGAUGAUGUGUGUGUGUGGGUGCUGUUUGUGUGCUGCAUGUGUGUGAGUGCUGUUUGUGUGCUGUGUGUGAGGGUGCUGUAUGUGUGUGUGGGUGCUGUCUGUGUGCUGUAUGUGUGUGGGUGCUGUGUGUGUGUGCUGUAUGUGUGUAGGUGCUGUAUGUGUUUGUGUGCUAUGUGUGUGUGGGUGCUGUAUGUGUGUGUGUGUGCUGUUUGUGUGCUGUGUGUGUGAGGGUGCUGGAUGUGUGUGUGUGUGCUGUAUGUUUGGAGGGAUUGUGGGGGUGGAGGUGGGGGCAGAUUAGUAAAUAUCCCCCCUCCCUUCUUACCUUAUGUAGGGAGGGGAGAUCCUUGCUGCCAUGUGCCAUCCCUGGUGGUCCAGUGGAGAGUGAACUCUAGCCUACGGGGCUAGAGUUCACUCUCAAGAGAUCUGAGCGUUGCCAUGGCAACGCCCAGAUCUCGCGAGAGGAACCCGGCGGAGCUGCUGGCUAGAGCUCCCCGGGUCCUCUCCUGCCUCCCUCCCUGCCUGUGGGCCGGUGAGGGAGAGCUUUGAUCUCCCCACCAGCCCAUGUAGGCUUAGAGCAGAGCUGAUGCUCGGAUAGCGCGGGCCCUGCAUGAGCCGACAGGAGAGAUCCUGAGAUCUCCCCUGGCGGUCUCAAUCCAUAGGCGUGCCGCAGGGAUUAGGGUGUGCCCUGGCACUGCCGGUACCGGCACACCCCGUGCGCACGCCUAUGGUUGUAAUACUGUUGUAAAAACAUCAUGGAAGUCGUAGUUCUACAAUAGCAUUUGAACAGCCCUGGUUAAAGCCUCCUCAAAAUGCUUUUUAACUAAUGGGGUAAAACAGAACAGUAAAAAAAAGGCUUGGACAUUCAUAAAAAUCUUCUAUUGUAGGAUGGCAGAACAAAUUAACAUAGAGGAAGGCAAAGAUGGAACGCAGCAGCCAUAUUUUACUUUUGGGGUUAUAGCAGAUGUCCAAUAUGCCGAUCGACCAGAUGGAAUCAGUGGAUGGAGGACAAUGAGGUUCUAUCGACAAAGUCUCCUACAUCUCCGGCAAGCCAUAGAUGAGUGGAAAACAGAAGAUAUUCCAUUACAGUUCGUGCUUCAGCUUGGAGAUAUCAUUGAUGGAUGCAACGCGUGUCUAUGUCAAUCUUCAAAUGCACUCCAGGUUGUUCUGAAAGAAAUUAAAAAUAUCGAUGUUCCUUUCCACCACAUAUGGGGAAACCACGAGCUCCUCAACUUUGAUCGUAUUUUUUUAGCGGAUUCACCGCUGAACACCAUGUUUAUAGCUGAUGAACAAAAACCGGGAAUGGGCACAUGUAUAUCAAACAGUACAGACUGCUUUAAUUACUACGCAUACCAUUUCAGCCCAUUUCCUAAUUUUCGCUUUAUUCUAGUGGACAGCUAUGAUUUGAGUGUCCAUGGCAGAGAUUUUUCUAAUCCUAAAUACCUAGAAUCAUCAGACUACCUUCAUGGAAAUUACCAAAGCAAGGAUUCUGAAGGCAGCAAAGGCAAGAGGAGUGUUAACCCCACCUAAUCUGAUUACUGUCAUGCUGGUGAUUAAAGGGACAAUUUAGACCACUAAAUCAUUUUAGCUUGCUGAAGUGCUUUAUGUGCGAAGAGUGCGUACUUUGAUUUCAAUUUACAAAAAGUACAGAUUCCAAGAGAAAUUGGCGCUUUUAUAAAUUUACCAGGUUACACCCCCUGGCUGUCAAACAGACACCUGACCCUGUUACUUCCUGGUUUGUUUAGCUCAGUGAAGCUAAACUCAACAGGCAGCAAUUGCCCAGAGCGCCUGCCUUGCCAAGACUUCUCAUUGAGCUGCAUUGGGAAGUCUGUGAUUGGACAGCCACAGAAAGUCUGGGCGGGGUUAGAAGGGGAGGGCUUGCAAAGGCAGCAGACAAGCAAACAGUUCUUAUAUGCUCUCAGACACACCAUCCUUUUGCUCACUGCAUCAUGGGAAAUGACUGACUUGCUUUAUAUGACAGACUGGUAUAUCAGGUUAAUCUAAAUAAAUAAAAAAAACUAUAGUUUGCUAAAUAUAAAUCAAAACCUAUUGCUAACUUUCAGUUCGCUAUUCAUGUUGGCUAAAAAAAUUCCAAGUGACAGAUUUUCUUUAAUGAUUACUUACGUAAAAUUUGAAAAUACCGUAAUUUCGUAGUCACCACCCCUAGAUGGGGAUCCUUUAGUUAUAUAGGAUAUUUAGGCAGUUGGAAUGUAAGAUAUCCUUCAUCACGAUUACAUAGUGUUAAUUAAAUGGAACUUCCGGGCACCAUAACAACUUCAUCGGAAUAAAGUUGUUAUGGUGCCUACAGGUCCCUGGCUCAGGCCUUUAGGGUUUAAAGUAACUUAUUUUUCUAAAUCCAUUUUAUGAAUGGGGAGCUAUUUAUUGGCUUAGAGCCCUCUGCCAAUUUGCAGCACCCCUGUCUAAGGCUUCCUGAUUUAAGCCCCAGAGAAAAGCGGGAGGAGAGGGGCAGAGCCAGCCGGGGCUGGAUUCAACACUUUGGGGUUAACAGGUUUGUGAAUCCCCUGGAGGUAAGCUGGCGCCAUGGACCCCUUGACACCAUAACAACUUUCACAACAUCAGAAUUUUCACAACAUCAUAUUUAAGUUGUUAUGGUGCCCGAAAGGUUAUUUUUAAGUCACAAAGCUUGUACUGUCUUUAUGCGUUUUUAUUUUUAUCCUCCCUUGAAUUGUUUUGUUUUUUAACCAGAUUAUUCGUCACCCCAGCUGAAGGAGUUUAAUGGGGGAUUUAGCUCGGAGCAGCUGUCCUGGUUACAUAACGUCCUGAAGUUUUCUGAUGAACGCCGAGAAAGAGUGGUUAUAGCUGGUAAGUUGUAGUUAAAAAUAUUUCAUUAAUAAGACUUAGUAACAGUUGAGGUCUAUAUUUAUAGAAAAAAUAAAUAAAAACAAAACACUGUAUUAAACAAGAUUACGUCCGGGACAAUUUAAAUGUGCUUGAGUCAUUGGGAGUAUGUUACCAAAUCCACCUUAAAAACGUAGCCCGCAUCUCCCCGUUUCUUACGCAAGAUGCUACUAAAAACCUUGUCCAUGCUCUAGUAAUUUUUUGCAUGGAUUAUUGUAACCCUCUCCCAAUUAGUCUUUCCAGAAGCCGUAUUGCCCCGCUACAGUCUGUAAUGAAUGCUGCUGCCAUACUGAUUUUCCUCUACAGUCAGUCCUCUCACACCUCUCCCCUCUGUCAGUCCUUACAUUGGCUUCCUGUAUCCUAUAGGAGUCAAUUCAAAGUGUUAACCCACACCUAUAAAGCACUGUACAAUUCUAUCCCCUCCUAUAUCUCAUCACAGAUCCCUUCUUGGUCUCUCUGCUCUGCCCAUGACCUUCUCCUGUCCGCUGCUCGCACCUGUACGGCCAACUCACACUUGCAGGACUUCUCGUGGGCGGCUCCUUUCCUAUGGAAUAGCCUGCCUACCGCCAUCAGACUCUCCCGUAGUCUUCAAUCAUUUAAGAAGGGCCUUAAAACCCAUCUCUUUAGGAAAGCUUAUUGUCUCCCAGAGUAACCUCUACCUCACAUACCUGUCCCUUGCUCUCUCCUAAAGGGCAGCACUCUACUCUCUCCUCCAGCUCUGCUUCACUCCCAACUUAUUUGAUUGCUAUUUCCUGUCCCUUAGUGUUUUAUACCUCACCUCCUAUAGACUGUAAGCCUGUUUGAGCAGGGUCCUCUUCAACCUAUCGUUUCUGUAGGUUUUUUGUAAUGAUCUUAUUUAUUGUUAAAUCUUCCCCUUUUAUAAUACUGUAAAGCGCUACGGAAUCUGUUGGCGCUAUAUAAAUGGCAAUAAUAAUAACAAUAAACAGAUCCACAUAAAAUAUAAAAAUUAAACAAAUGAAGGUAUUUGAAAGAUUUACAAGGGUCCAAAAAUUCUUUGAGAUGUCUGAAGUCAGCAGCAUGUUAAAAGCUAUUAUCGCUCCCAUAAACUUUUAUAUGCCCUCCUCCAAAGCAAGAGGGUUUCACCAGUGCCGUGCACAUUGGCAGCCCUGAUUGCAUUAGGAUUGUUGGCCCUUUUAGGAGUCGCACAGAAUGGCAUGGUUCCACCCUUCUCUACGUCAUGCUUUUAUAUUCAAUAAAACUUUAUUGACAUUCAUUAAAAAAAUGAACAUUUAGACAAAUUGGAAUGUUGGAAAUACAAACAAAUGUAACAGGUGUCCACGUUUAUAUAUAUAGGCCGUCAUAAUGCAGUUUUCAUGUGCAUAACAUACAUACAAGUAUCUUCACAGCAGAAGUACACCGGACCAGUCCACUGACAGUGUGUCAUGUUCAAGCACUGAUUAAUUCAGGACACUGAUAAAAAGGAAAGUGCCGGUGGAGAGAAGAGCUCUAUGGCCUUAUCCCACUCAGACUUUGUAAACGUUAGCCCCAGGACCUUCUCCCACUUUGCAAUGAAAGAGGGUGGUAGGGAAUAUCUACUCUGUAUCAAUAUGCCAUAUAGUAGGGAUAUAAUCAUACGGGGAGAGGUCCAUAAUGGCAUAGCUUUUUGAAGUCAGUUAAAUCGCUCUGUAGACACAUUUUCUGUGGGAUCAAAAAUAUGCAGUGAGAUUAUUGAUGGUGUGUAAGAGUCCGCAGUAAUGUGUGUGUCCGUGUAGGUCUACAAGGUCCAGCCUAGUGAGGUCGCUCUCGAGACCCACCCAGUCUUUAAAUCUGUCUGCCUCUGUCCAGGAAAUACACCUGGAAAAGUGUGUUGUGUAAUAAUAUUUAUCCAAUUCCUGAAGUACCAGCCCUCCUCCCAACUUAGGCAGAGCCAGUACGGGUUAUGCUAGAAGUGGGGACUUGUUCUUCAAAAUACAUUUUUGAUAAUGUGACUGGAGUUCUAAAAAAAAAAAAACUCUGUGGUAUCUUGACUGUCAGCUUUUGUUGCAUAUAGGCCCCUGGGGAGUAGUGUAAUUCUGUUGCGUUUAUUCUCUCUAUCCAAAGUAAGUGAGGUUUUUACUACUGUUAAAGAUCUCGUGCCAGUUUAGUUAAUAAAGGGUGAAAAUUAACUCCAUAGAUUUGGCAAGAUUGGUGUGCUGCCAUAUGCCAAGGCAUUUCAUUCUUGAGGCAUAUUAAGUGUCUCCGAUUUUGCAUUAUUUAUCUGUAGAUUGUAGAGCUGUCAAUAUACACUAAAUUCCGGUAAAAAUUGACAUCAUACUUUUAAUGUUUAGAGAUAUCUAACCUUAUGUCUGACUCCCUAAUGUAUUCAAUGUAAAUAGCCCUGGCUAAGUCAUUGGGAUAAGAAAUGUAAAAUAAACUAGAAAAGUUACAAUUUCAGGGGAAAUUGUGUGAAGUGUUCUUGCCUCCACCAGUAGUCUACAACUGGAGUGGGCGGAGUAACUGUUAACAUUUAUAUAGCACAUUUAAUUGCAACGUUGUUGCACAGUUACAUUAAACCAUACAUUUAUAAAAACAUUAGCAGGUGUUCAAAAGGCCCUGUCUAUGACAUCACUUGCUGCUGCAGCUUGACACAGGUCAGAGUAUUUUGGCGGUUGCCAUCUUCAAACGGUCGUAUCUUAAAAACUAUAACUCCUACAGUGAAGAGCUUUAUAUUGUGAGAAUCACAAGACCCAGACCUACAUUUUGAUGCAUAGUAUGUCUCUGAAGUAUUAAAAUUGAAGGCACAGUCGCAGUUUAGAAAUUGCACUUCAAAUUUGAGCUUUGCAGAGUGAAGUUUCAAUGAAUGUCAAUGGACGGCGUUGGUUGCAAACAAAUGGUCAUAUUGUGAAAACUAUCAGGACUACGGCUUAGCCGUUGACAUGUUUAGUGGCAGCAGGGAUAGCUGAACGUUUUGAUAUAAGAUUUGUGUAGGUGGGCCUGAAAAUAAGGGAGUGGUGGCAGUUUAGAAAUCAUGUCCUGAUUUUUCAGCUUUUGCCAGCUCCCACUCUAGCUUUGCCAUUCAUUCCUAUGGGACAAAUUUCGCCACAAGAACGACGAUAUUCCGUGAACCAUUCGGCGAAACGUUCCACAAAGUAAUAGCAAUCCGAUCGGGAACAAUCUGCACGUUUUGGUAAAUUUUUGUCUAUGUAGUGUAAAAACUGUGGGAGGAGUUAGGGUGGCAAAUUUUGCUAUAAUAAUAAGAAUAAUAAUAAUAACUAGAAAAGCUACAAUUUCUGGGGAAAUUGUGUGAAGUGUUCUUGCCUCCACCAGUAGUCUAGCACAUUCAAUUGCAACGUUGUUGCACAGUUACAUUAAACCAUACAUUUAUAAAACAUUAGCAGGUGUUCAAAAGGCCCUGUCUAUGACAUCACUUGCUGCUGCAGCUUGACACAGGUCAGAGUAUUUUGGUGGUUGCCAUCUUCAAACGGUCGUAUCUUAAAAACUAUAACUCCUACAGUGAAGAGCUUUAUAUUGUGAGAAUCACAAGACCCAGACCUACAUUUUGAUGCAUAGUAUGUCUCUGAAGUAUUAAUAUUGAAGGCACAGUCGCAGUUUAGAAAUUGCACUUCAAAUUUGAGCUUUGCAGAGUGAAGUUUCAAUGAAAGUCAAUGGACGGCGUUAGUUGCAAACAAAUUAUUAUAUUGUGAAAACUAUCAGGACUAUGGCUUAGCCAUUGACAUGUUAAGUGGCAGGAGGGAUAGCUGAACGUUUUGAUAUAAGAUUUGUGUAGGUGGGCCUGGAAAUAAGGGAGUGGUGGCAGUUUAGAAAUCAUGUCCUGAUUUUUCAGCUUUUGCCAGCUCCCACUCUAGCUUUGCCAUUCAUUCCUAUGGGACAAAUUGCGCCACAAGAACGACGAUAUUCCGUGAACCAUUCGGCGAAACGUUCCACAAAGUAAUAGCAAUCCGAUCGGGAACAAUCUGCACGUUUUGGUAAAUUUUUGUCUAUGUAGUGUAAAAACUGUGGGAGGAGUUAGGGUGGCAAAUUUUGCUAUAAUAAGAAUAAGAAUAAUAACUAGAAAAUUUACAAUUUCUGGUGAAAUUGUGUGAAGUGUUCUUGCCUCCACCUGUAGUCUACAACUGGAGUGGGCGGAGUAACUGUUAUCAUUUACAUAGCACAUUUAAUUGCAACGUUGUUGCACAGUUACAUUAAACCAUACAUUUAUAAAAACAUUAGCAGGUGUUCAAAAGGCCCUGUCUAUGACAUCACUUGCUGCUGCAGCUUGACACAGGUCAGAGUAUUUUGGCGGUUGCCAUCUUCAAACGGUCGUAUCUUCAAAACUAUAACUCCUACAGUUAAAGAGCUUUAUAUUGUGAGAAUCACAAGACCCAGACCUACAUUUUGAUGCAUAGUAUGUCUCUGAAGUAUUAAAAUUGAAGGCACAGUCGCAGUUUAGAAAUUGCACUUCAAAUUUGAGCUUUGCAGAGUGAAGUUUCAAUGAAUGUCAAUGGACGCGUUAGUUGCAAACAAAUGAUUAUAUUGUGAAAACUAUCAGGACUAUGGCUUAGCCGUUGACAUGUUUAGUGGCAGCAGGGAUAGCUGAACGUUUUGAUAUAAGAUUUGUGUAGGUGGGCCUGAAAAUAAGGGAGUGGUGGCAGUUUAGAAAUCAUGUCCUGAUUUUUCAGCUUUUGCCAGCUCCCACUCUAGCUUUGCCAUUCAUUCCUAUGGGACAAAUUUGGCCACAAGAACGACGAUAUUCCGGGAACCAUUCAGCGAAAUGUUCCACAAAGUAAUAGCAAUCCGAUCGGGAACAAUCUGCACGCUUUGGUAAAUUUUUGUCUAUGUAGUGUAAAAACUGUGGGAGGAGUUAGGGUGGCAAAUUUUGCUAUAAUAAGAAUAAUAAGAAUAAUAAUAACUAGAAAAGCUACAAUUUCUGGGGAAAUUGUGUGAAGUGUUCUUGCCUCCACCAGUAGUCUACAACUGGAGUGGGCGGAGUAACUGUUAUAAUUUAUAUAGCACAUUUAAUUGCAACGUUGUUGCACAGUUACAUUAAACCAUACAUUUAUAAAAACAUUAGCAGGUGUUCAAAAGGCCUUGUCUAUGACAUCACUUGCUGCUGCAGCUUGACACAGGUCAGAGUAUUUUGGCGGUUGCCAUCUUCAAACGGUCGUAUCUUUAAAACUAUAACUCCUACAGUGAAGAGCUUUAUAUUGUGAGAAUCACAAGACCCAGACCUACAUUUUGAUGCAUAGUAUGUCUCUGAAGUAUUAAAAUUGAAGGCACAGUCGCAGUUUAGAAAUUGCACUUAAAAUUUGAGCUUUGCAGAGUGAAGUUUCAAUGAAUGUCAAUGGACGGCGUUGGUUGCAAACAAAUGAUUAUAUUGUGAAAACUAUCAGGACUACGGCUUAGCCGUUGACAUGUUUAGUGGCAGCAGGGAUAGCUGAACGCUUUGAUAUAAGAUUUGUGUAGGUGGGCCUGAAAAUAAGGGAGUGGUGGCAGUUUAGAAAUCAUGUCCUGAUUUUUCAGCUUUUGCCAGCUCCCACUCUAGCUUUGCCAUUCAUUCCUAUGGGACAAAUUUCGUCACAAGAACGACGAUAUUCCGUGAACCAUUCGGCGAAACGUUCCACAAAGUAAUAGCAAUCCGAUCGGAACAAUCUGCACGUUUUGGUAAAUUUUUGUCUAUGUAGUGUAAAAACUGUGGGAGGAGUUAGGGUGGCAAAUUUUGCUAUAAUAAUAAUAAUAAUAAUAUAUAUGUGAGAUAACAUUAAGUGGUCUUGCUAUGCAAGAACACUUAAUAAUAUAUAUAUGUGAGAUAACAUUAAGUGGUCUUGCUAUGCAAGAACACUUAAUAAUAUAUAUGUGAGAUAACAUUAAGUGGUCUUGCUAUGCAAGAACACUUAAUAAUAAUAAUAUAUAUGUGAGAUAACAUUAAGUGGUCUUGCUAUGCAAGAACACUUAACAAUGUAUAAAUAAAACAUUCAUACCUUCUGUCUCCCUGCAGGUCACAUCCCCAUUCACCCAAAGACUACUUUGAAGACUUGCUUGGCAUGGAAUUACAUAGACAUGCUCACACUGAUCCACUCGCACCCCAGCGUAGUCUGUUAUCUUGCAGGACAUCACCACAAUGGCGGAUAUCACAAGGACUCCCACGGUGUAUACCACGUAACAAUGGAAGGAGUUAUCGAAUCACCUGCGGGCACCAAUGCAUUUGCAACAGUUUCCGUGUAUGGGGACAGAAUGGUUUUAAAUGGGAGAGGCCGAGUUAAGAGCAGAGUUUUUCAUUAUCAGAAAUGGCCAUUGGGUAAUUUUACCAAAUCUCCUCUCUCACAGGAAACUGCAGAGAAGAUUAGAGGUGCAGUAACAGUUUUGCCAACCUGGGCAAAAAAAUCUUUUGCCACUCCAUACACUCAGUCCAUGGUGUGACAACACAUAAACACCCAUAAAUUAUAUUCAGCCUAUAGUAUAUACAGCACAUAUAAAUAUUAUUAUAUUAUAAUACACAUAGAAAUAUACAGGCAUAAUACUCACCUAUAAUUUAAAGAAAAGCUAUAACAUUAGGAAUUCAAACAUGGACUCCUAAUGCAAUAGCGACCUGUAGCGUUUAGUAUUCCACCGCCCUACACCACCACGAAUGCAUGAAAAUGUAGUUUCGCUCAUCAUCAAUCUUCAUAGGAAAGCAUUGGGAGGCUAGUGUAUAUGUGAGACAAAAUGCCACGCUGAGCCAAUCAGCAUCUCCUCUGAAUCAAUGUAUCUCUAUGAGAAGCGUUUAGGGUCUUCAUGUAGAGUUGAACGUCAGACUUGCAGUCUUUGUAGGACUGAACCCAGGAAGUCCCUCUAGUGGCUGUCAGAGUAACAGUGAUAUCCCCCCGAAACACUUACUCACAUUCACUGACCCUUACAAACAAAAAGACACACACACAUUGCACUGUUCCAUUAACUCUCUUGCCUACAUCUCCCAAUCAGUUGACCAUAUGUGUGCACCAUUGAGCUGCCUGCUUGGCUUUUGGUGGCAGUCUGUGGGUUCCAGGCAUCUUGACUGGACCUGGUUGCUCUUGGCCCAUCUCUCAACCUGUACUGUUCCAACUGUCCCACUUUUUGCUAUGCUUCCGCCCACAUGUCCCCAUGCACAAGACAUGGGUCGGAAACAAGCAAAUUAUAUACCUCUGUGCUGUCGCAUUGCCUGUUAGAUAUCCGGGUCUAGGAGGGUCCUGGUUGUAUCUAACAAGCUAGACCUUGGGGAUUGGGGUGGCUGCCAGGCAGAAAAUUUGACAGUGUACCCACUGGCUGGCACUCAGUGCUGUGGCCCGUCAUCUCCAUCUAAUCAUGGUUCAGGCUGUAACAUGUGUAAGCUCACUUGAGGAAGCUGGCCCUGACAAGCAGUACCCCACCUCCAGGUGUCUCCUCUUAAUUGUGCCCUAGGCGACCCCAUAACUCACCUGAAGGAAAUUUCAUUGAAGUUAACCUGAAUUGUCUGUUUUGUUUAGCACUAAUGCAUGUGGUGUCAAGAAGUUGGCAGUAUUUGAUCAUAAAGGGCAUGGCUGUGUGAUUUAACACCCUCACAGAGCACCCCCUGUGUGCCCGCAGCCAUAAAAGUAUAGGGCCCUGAUAGAGAACAAUUAAGAGGUUUGGGGUAAAAAAAGGGUAAUGCACACAGUCAUGUCAAGGGCCUGCCCAAGUAUCAGAGAUUAGUCAUGUGGGCUGUCUUUUCUGCGGACAAAGGACAGGACGGAAUGCCGGCCCAGAUGAGACUGAAAUCCUCUUGGACAACAUCAGACAGGACUUGUCUAGUCUACUCUAAGACUCAUUGAUGUUUGCACUAGUGUUGGUUCUGUGUUUUGUUUAACCCCUUAAGGACACAUAACAUGUGUGACGUCAUGAUUCCCUUUUAUUCCAGAAGUUUGGUCCUUAAGGGGUUAAAUCCCAUUUUAUUUGAAGGUCCAUUUUGGUUUUCUAUCCCCUUUUGUUUUAUGUAAUUUUUGGCACUGUGUCACUUUUAUUUGUUCUAAAAAAAAAAAAAAUAAUAAUCCCUGACUUGCGGUUUGAAUGGCAGCACUUGGUUAGAGCUCCACAGGCACGGGGACUUUCUACAUAAAAAAAUAGCAUCGAUCCCCAUCUCUCCCCCCUCCCCCCUCCCGAGACUUCACUAACAUCAAUCUAACGGUUCGGGAUCUCACUCUAUUAUGGGAGGCGGCCGCAAGCCCAAACACUAUUCGACAGUUGCCUGCAUCUUUUGGAACCACUCCUCACUUUGCAAGACGAUAUACCUCCCUUGGAAUCGGACUUCAUAUGGCCUUCAGAUUGGCAGUGAAUGUUAAAUGAAACAAGAUGGCAAGACGACAUGGCAAAAUAAGAGAAAAUAUCUUUUAUAAUAUCAAGUCAUGCAAAGUUUUACCUCUGAUUGUCCGAUACUGCUAUACUUUUAAUAUGAUGUCAAAUGUUUGGUGUCAUCAAUCUGUGUCUAUGUAAAGCUUGUAUGUAUGUGUGUUAAAUUCAAAAUAAAUAAAAU